AUGAAUAUCUUUUAUUUCAUAGAGAUCAAUAUUCAGGGAUAUUGCUAUUCUGAGGCCCAAGCAGGAAAGUCAUAUUGUGAUUCAAAGAUAGCACAUAUGCGCACAAAGAUGAAAAGUUGGGUUGCAAGUGGAAAAAACAUCGUAACAGCAGCUGAUAUGAAAACUGCACUUGACUCUGGAACAGGUGUUGCUGGAUGUCAAGUCUCUGAAUGUGUUAUAGACACCUCAAAACACAAACUGAUAACACACAAGUUGAAAGGAAUAAAUGAUUUUAAUGAGUUGCAAGUUGAAGAAGAUGGUAUACUACUGAGGAAAGCCUACAACAUCGGCAAAGGAAAAUUUAUUCCUAAUGCAUCCUUAGACCAAAUGGGUUUUGGUAAACAGCAGGAAAAUGAAUCAGGAUGUGUGGUAAUAUCAGGAUUCGAUUUACCUGUUAAUAUAACUGGAAAAAUCAAAACACCUAAAACAGUUCCUGCGGUUAAUCUCCUUGAAGGACCAGAAACAGAAAUAGAAAAUGAUGAAGACUCAUCAAGAUUAUCCUCUUGUCAUUCAGAAAGUUCUGAUCAAAUGCUGUUCUAUUGCACAGUAGUUGGCUGUGUCAAAAGAUUUGCUACCUUAAAUGGACUGAAAACCAUCUAUUGAUAGGAAAGCAUUUUUUAC